AUGGUGAGAGAACGGGCCGGAGUUGGGAGAGAAAGAGGGUGGCUGCCGGAGUUGGGGGAGAAAGAGUGUGGCAGCCGAAGGGUGUUCGGAUCUCGUGAAGAAUUAGUCGAUUGGGUACAAAAGUUGGCAUACUCACUUGGUGUUGUCAUUGUAACAAAAAGGUCGAAUCCAAGACCUUGUGGUUUCGUGUAUAGGGUUGUACUCAAAUGUCAACUUGGCGGCAAAUAUCAAUAUAAGGAUUCAAGUAAAGAUACUGGCACCAGGAAAACUAAUUGUCCAUUCGAAUUAGAAGGAAGAUAUUCAGAUGAAUAUGAUUGUUGGAUCUUAAGGGUGAUAUGUGAUGAACACAACCAUCGACCUAUAUUGUUUAUGGAGGGUCAUCCAUAUGCAAAGCGACUUUCCGCGGAUGAAUUUAAUUAUGUUGCAGAUUUAACAAGGAUGCAUGUGCCACCACGUAAUAUUCUAUCGCUACUUAAGAAGCGAAAUUUAAGUAAUGCAUCUACUCCCAGGACUAUUUACAACGCACGCAAUAAAAUUCGCAUGGUUGAGUAUGGUGAAAAAUCUCAAAUGCAGGUUCUCAUGUCCCUAUUGCAUUCUAACAAUUAUGUAUACGAAUUUACUACAACUGAGUCAAAUGAGUUGGAUAAUUUAUUUUUCGUUCAUCCAACAUCAUUUGAUAUCUGGCGUGCAUUUCCACAUGUGUUGAUUAUCGAUGCCACGUACAAAACAAACCCUUAUAAUAUGCCUUUCGUUGAGAUUGUUGGCGUAACUUCAACCAGCAAUACAUUUUCAAUAGCUUUUGCUUUUAUCCAUAGCGAAAAGACAGCUAACUAUAAAUGGGUCUUAGAUUGUCUAAAACUGACACUAGACGAGUGCAUGCUCCCACGGGUUAUAGUUACAGAUAAGGAGAUGGCACUAGUGAAUGCAUGCAAUGAAGUUUUUCCCGAUGCCACUCAAUUACUUUGCAGGGUAGAGAGCCAACAUGCAAAGCUAAAGAUAUAUAUGGACAAGAAUGCAAAAUGUAGUUUGGAUAGACUUCUAGGUUGUAUUGACGAAAUCGUGAAGUCGCAACUAACAUUAAUCAAAGAAAGCUUGGAAAAUAGUAGAGUCGUUCGCAUUCAUAAGCAUAAUCUACGAUGUUUCAAACUUUUGCGUGGUUUUGUUUCAAAUGAAGCUCUCAAAAAAGUUCUUGAGGAUCGUAAGCGAUGGAAGGAUAAGGGAGACUGUGGUUGUCGACUUCGCACUGCUUAUGGGUUACCAUGUCAAUAUAUUACUUUGGAUUCGAUUGACAUUUUUUGGAGGAAGCUAGAUCUUUCACUAUCAUCUACGCAAAAAGACGAUGUUAGCUGUGAUGAUGUACUGCAACAUUUUAAAGAAAACUACAACAAGCAGUCCAAAGUUGGGAAAAAAAGUUGGUUAAGAAAGUUGAUGAAUAUUUUCAGUCCAGAUACAACUGACAUUCGGGAACCUCGAGUUCAAAAUAAAACUCGUGGACGACCAAAGAAAUCGCAACAAAAAAAGCGUACCGAGUUUUGUUCAAAGAGAUUUAGUUGUUCAACCAUGCCCGAUUUUGUUGAGCCGAUUAGGGAGCCUGCCAGACAAAAUACAUUUGAAUUUGACUUGAACAAGGAGCCAAAUAUAGAUUUGAACGAGGUCCCAUAUGAGUUUCAGGGUCCACACAUGUUGGACUUAAAUAAAGCGCCACUAAAGUGUGGUUCAAAUUUAAUGGACGAUAUUCCACAAGUGUUUCAUCCAUACAUUACGAAUAUACAAAAUAUUUUCGGUGAUGGAAACUGUGGAUAUCGAGCAUUAGCUGUUGGUCUUGGACUUAAUGAAGACAAUUUUUAUGAGUACAUUCGGCAACAAAUGAGAGAAGAGUUGCAAAAUCGAUAUGAUUUAUACUCCAGGAUUUUCGUUAUCGAUAUAAAUUCAAUGUAUCAAGACUUGUGUUUCUGUGGUUCCCCUUGUCCACCGGAACAUUGGAUGAAAAUGCCCGAGGCAGGUGUUUUAAUUGCUAAUAAGCUUGGUGUGAUCGUCCAUUCUUUAGACAAGAGAGGCAGUACGACGAUUUUUCCGUUUUGGUGUGGUCCGGAAGAUGUUGAACAUCACAGAGCUCUUGCAAUUGCCCUUGUAAAUGGAUAA